GCGUUAAAUAGACGUUUUUGUCCUGAAGAAAAACAAUGUUAAAACGCAUAAUGUAGCAUAAUGGACAAAGAUAAUGAUAUAAAGGGGCUGUGGAGAUUAUUCUAUAUGGGAAAACGCGAAUAAAGGCGGCGUUGCGUUUAUUCUGGGCUCACCUAAAUCUGAGAGUGCACGUCUGAAAACACCCUAUUGGGUGUUUGCGCUGAUGUGCUGCUGUUGGGUGGAGUAGGAGGAUAUUUGUCAUUCCAAACAGUUCCCUGUGAAACAGCUGUAAAGUUCCGCUCAGCGCACACCUCGAACCACUCGCUCCUGAGGAACACAUGGCAGGACAUUUCACUUUUCUUACCCACAAAACAAAAGACAGAAGUCUGUUGUGAACUGUGUGGCGGCGGGAGCUGUUGAUUUUCAUUUUGAAUCCAGGCAGCACCCAGUGUGUGUGUGUUUGCGUGUGUGAGAGUGUCAUGACUGUGUGGAUCCUGCUGCUGCUGGUCUCUGUGCCGCUGUGCAUCUUCACACGGGCGCACGAGAGAAUCGAGCUCAGCGCGGAUCAUGCGCUCACCUUUGGACAGGGCAUAGUUCACUGUGAAGUAAAAUCAGGUGGCCCUACUUGUAUUCAGAAUGACAAGCAUGUCUACGUGAGCGGUUUAGACGCCCACAUCGUGCAGUGCCAAAAGCAGCAGACCUGGAGAUUGUGCCUGAAAGUCCUGGUGAACGUCACAGUCACAGAUGCAGAUCAACCUGUGACGGGUGACGGCAGCGGAGAUGAAGAGGCAGAGGAGCCCCACGAGGAAAUGCGUGAGGGCGCUCAUCAAGAAGACCUCGACAACAUGACGACUGGCGCCACUGUUCGUGUGUGUUUCGCAUACUCUUCACAGCACCACUCCAGCACGCUCCGCUUCACAGUCCUUUCUUCAGCGUUUGAUGACAGCGCCACACUGCAGGUGUGGAUGUCUUUAGUCGUGGAGAUACCGAAGGCAGAGCUCGGCGGUUCUGUCCUAGUGCAUUUUUCACAACAACACCCCACUAAACAUCUCAAUAUUCCUAAAAAAAGUUCAGUGUGUUCCAAGGGUUUCGAUGCCGUCUUCUGUAAGGUAGCUCCCAGGCUGCAGAAGAAAACUGACCAUGUGACAGGAGCAAUAAUACUGUAUGUGGCCAAUGCAGAUAAAGAGAGAUACCAGGAGUUUAACGUGUGCCAGAAACUGGAUAGGAAGGGGCGCUGUCUUAAGGUGGAAUGGAAUAAUGCCAGCCAUGAGUUUCCGAUUUCACGCAGCUCUGUCACCCCCUGUCUGUGCUUUGAGAUUUGGGGAGAAUUUAUCCGAACACAGUAUUGUCCAUUUUUGAAUGAAACAGGCUCCAGCGUGUCCGUGUCUUUGUCAGAGGCUGAAACCCAUCACAAGCAGGCAGCUCUGGUCUGGAACAUCAGCGCCCCCUGCAGGCUGGAGGCUCAGCUGUGGUUGUGUAGGAAGAGUUCAGGACUGGACAGCAGCUGCCACGCGCUCAACGGCAGAUCUCGGGUCCACACACGCCUGAACGACAGCUGGAUGGAGGCUGACCACAGACACUGGCAGUUAAAAGGAGAGUUUUUACAUGUGGAACGUCAUCCUUCAUUGUGUGUGCAGGUUGAAGUAACAGGAAUGGAUAGAUUUCUGGGACCAGUAUGUCCUUUUGAAGUGGACAGGUCUCACUGGAGCAUCCCGCUGGUGCUGUGUGCGCUGCUAGUGUUCCUGUCAGUGCUGGGAGCUUAUGCAGUGCAGGGGACACUGAAGAGCUGGGUGUCCAGAUGGCUGAAAGUGGAUGAUGUGAACUCCGCGUCGGGUGGCGUGGAGGUCCUGCUGGUGUGUCCUCCCGACGCAGACCACACCGUCACUGAGCCGGUGUGCCGUCUGUGCUCCAGUCUCUCCAGUGUGGGCUUCAGCGUCUCUCUGGACCUGUGGAAGCACUCAGAGAUCAGCGCCCUGGGUCCCGUUCCCUGGCUGCACUCUUGUCUCGACCGGGUUCAGCGGUGCCGAGGCAAGGCGGUGUUGGUCCUGACCCAGGCGGCCUGCGAGCGGGCUGAGGAAUGGAGCUGUCGAGUCGCCGAGCAGAAACCGGAAAAGGGAAGGAAGACGUGGGUAAAAGGUGAUGUCCAGUCAUCGACAUGCUCCGAGGUCUUCGACGCAUCGCUGAGCUGCAUUCUGGCCGACUAUCUGCUGGGUCGAGCUGGAGAACGGUUCAUGCUGGCUCGGUUUGAUGGGCAGAGCCCUGUGACGGUCCUGCCGGAGUUCUUCAGGGAACUGCCUUUGUUCAGCCUGCCUUCUCAGAGUCUGGACUUCAUCACGGAGCUCACGCAAGGGACUCGUAAAGGACAGAAAGUAUCAGAGCGGUGGGUGCGAGCGGGGGCGCUGAGAGCGGCAUCACAGGCAGUGUCACGGGCGCUCAGAGGGCCCGCGGGACCUACAGGACACACGUGUGCUAGGCUCCCUCAGGACUCUGUAGAGCCUAGAACAGAGAAAGCCUGGGAAACUGUCCUGCUACAGGCAGAUUAGUCGAGCCUUGCUCUCCACACCAAAACAAUCUUGUUUGACCUGAGGAUGAGCACAUUUUCAGUGAAUUUACAUUUUUGGUGA